AUGCCGUCCCCUAUGGUGAAAGCUACCUUGGCAUCCGUCGCCCUAUCGGGUGCGUCAAACUUCCUUUCCCAGGUCCUUGAAGCGUACCAGGACGAGCGCUCCUUUUCCUUCGACGUUGCCAUGUUCCUGCGUUUCAUGACCGUUACAUUCAUCGUCACCCCUCCGAACUACAUGUGGCAGGAGCUGCUCGAGUGUACGUUCCCGACAUACGAGCACAGGCGCCCCAGUGCCGGCAGCGAUAAUGCGCGCGACCUUGAGAGGCAGACGAUAGAGACAGCCCUGAAAGCCGGCGUCGGCCCCGAGCCGAAACCUAGUCUCAACCUCAAGAACACAUUUACCAAGUGCUUCAUCGACUGUAUCACGCUUGGCGCCCUCGUCAAUACAGUCGUUUUCUUCGUCCUCAUGGGCUUACUCAAGAGGCAGUCCGUCUCCGUCAUCGGCCACAACAUCUGUACCGAGACAAUCCCCGUUAUCAUUGCGGGCUACAAGAUUUGGCCCUUGGCGUCCAUCAUAGCCUACAGCUGUAUCCCUGUUGAGCGCAGGAUGGUGUUCUUCAACUUUGUAGGUUUGCUUUGGGGUAUUUAUAUGAGUCUAGUUGCGUCAGCCACUUGA